AUGGAAACCCCAUUAUCCACCAGAAGAGUGACAAGAUCCCAAACCUUGGCUGCUGUUGCUGACAACAGUAUUAACAACAAAAACAAUAUGGAAGUCUCAAAAUCUGAAAAGACUGUGACAAAAUCAAGGCAUAUGAGUAACAAAAAAGGACAAGAUCGAUCAGCUUUUAUGGAUAUAACAAAUGAUUCCCCAAUUGUUGGGCUUGCGAAGGGGAAUUUGAAAACCCCAUCAUCAACAAUGUCCAAGAAGAGGAUCAACUGUCAAGCCAAGAUCACCGGCACACCGGGCUCCGGAGAAGCCUUAUUGAGAGAUCAAGUGAAGUCUCUUUUGCAGAAAGUUGAAGAAGAGGCUGAGCUUUCCAAAAUUACUUUGCAACAGAAGCCUUUUUUUAACCUUGUCAACUCUCCAAUAGGCCUUCUUGCACCCACUCCUGCAAAUACACCCCAAAUCUUGAACCUCAGUGAUAGUAGUAGCAAUUACUUUCCUUCUGUUACACCAUCCCCAGUUGAAGACAAGUUUUUGAUCCCUCAGGUUCCUAAUCAGAUAAUAAGUAAGAUCUCAGAUGGGGAGAAACAAGAUGCAUUUGAGUCUGAGAAGUGUGUGGUUACAAGGUCUCUGCUAUUGGAAUUUUUUGAGAAAUCAGACAGCUCUGAUUCGUCCGUGCUGACAUGUGAAGGUGAAGGCAGUGAAAGUAGCAAAGUGAAGCUAUCGACAUCUGAAGAUGAUGCAUCAAUCUGGUCUAUUCAGGUACACGCAAGCAGUAAUAGAGACGACUGCGAAGAAGAAGAGGACUUCCUUGAAGAGGAGGUCGAAAAAGAAUGCGAUUAUGACUACAAUUUUGUGGAUGAAGAAGAAGAUUAUGAUCGAGGAUUGCUUGAUGAACUAUGUGAACGAAUGAUCAAAAUGAAUGUGAAUGGAUGCAAGAAAAUGGUUAAAUUCCGUGGAAAACAUACUCGAUUCGUGUACGGCAGUGAUGAUGAACUUGAAGGAGAAGUAGUAGUAGCAUGCAGUGGUGAAAUUGAAUCUCCCGCUUCAUAG